AUGGCCGAUCCCCGCCAUGGCUACAAGGAUCUGAUCCAUAGCCAUGAGAUAGAGUUGGACGGUCUCUUGAAGCAGGGCGUAUACAAACCGGUAUUUCUGUAUCAUGUUCUGUUGUUCAAUGUACUGCCAUUGAUAGGUCUCGUUCUUCCUAGUGGCAAAGGUGGACAAUAUGCUCGAAAAGGAGUAUUCGCACUAUGCAUUGCUAUCGCAAUUCAAGCUUUCCGGAACCAACGGACUCUCAUUGGGGGAAAUGGCUACAUGCUUGGUCUGAUGACGGCGUGGUGGCUCAUAUGGAAUGCUACAUUGUUUAUGUUUUCAGACCUUGAACAUGAUUUCAAGCGCAUUGAACGGAAGCCUGUCGAUCUACAGCUUCAAGAUCGUGCCCAAAAUGAGAAGUACGAUACCUUCGUAUGGCAGUCAUAUCCUAAAAAGCUUGGACAUCGACUUGACUGGUCUGCUGGACUCCUCUUCAAUCUCAGAGGCCCAGAAUGGAAUUGGCGAGGCCCCCAUCUAGGACCGUUGCCACGAUCAGUCCAUACUCAGUUGCAUCCAGGAUUCUCCUGUGCCAAAUUCAAAGCACAAGAUGAUGCAACUUAUAUUAGUGGAAAGGAGCGCCUUCAAGCCGCGUUUCGAACGUUCUUGAAAUAUUACCUUGUGCUGGAUUUACUCAAGGUCUUCAUGAUGCGAGAUCCAUACUUCCUAGGAAUCGCUUCAGUCAAUUCACCACCACCAUUUCCAUUCUCCUAUCUCACAAUCCAUCCAUUUCUGGUCCACUUCUAUCGCCUAUUCCUCAGCGCUUUUGGUGUCUUCGCUGCCCUCGAAUUUGUGACUGCCCUUAGUCCAAUAUUCUUUCUGGGAUUAGCACUUGCAUUCCCCAAUGCAGCCAGGAAGCUCACCGCUGCACCACUCGGGGCUCCAUGGGUGUAUGCCGAUACAUUUGGGCCGUUCCUAGAACCGAUUUGUGAUCAUGGACUGGCAGGCUGUUGGGGCCGGUGGUGGCACCAGCUCUUCCGUUUCGGGUUUACAGCCACCGCACAUUGGAUCCUAUCUUUUCUUCCAGUCAAGCUAUCAUCCAAUUCGCAAGUCCGGCGGGUUACAUUCACCGUGGUAGCAUUCUCAGUCAGUGGAUUUGUGCAUGCCUGUGGAAGCUUUACACAGUUCACGGAGACAAAACCUGCAUCGGGGCCUUUUCUGUUCUUUUCCUUGCAGAGUGUCGGGAUUUUGGGGGAGCAGCUGUUCAAGAGGUCGAUUUACCCGAUGUUGCCUCUUGCCCAUACACCACGAUGGCUGAGACGGACAGCCAACUUGGUUUUCGUCUUCUGUUGGCUAUUCUAUUCAGGAAUUUUUGUUGCGGAUGACUUCGCACGUGGUGGGCUGUGGUUGAUGGAGCCGGUUCCUUUUAGUCUCCUCCGUGGAUUGGGAAUCGGAUCCCAGGAUCAUGGAUGGUGGUGCUGGACAGAGCCGUGGUUCCGAUACUGGAGUGACGGUACUUACUGGGGGAGUGGCAUUCGAGUGAUAUGA